CUGCUUUGCAUGCACACCUUUUCCCUUCCGGACAACUUGCGCUUUACGAGAGACCCGCCGCCAUUCCGUCGUUUACUUGCUUUGACCCUUCGGAGCGUGCUUAGUAUUUCGCCACGAGAGAGGUUGAACAGGGUGAACUGUGGUUUUGGACUGAUCUGGGAGCUUUUUGUGUUCUUGGAGCGUUGAUGGAGUCUUUCUCCUGUUCAAAGGUUUGAUUUUUUUGGGGGAGAAUGGCGUCAAAGUUUUGCAUGAACGAGCACUGCCGCACCACGACGUCGUCUGAGUGGAAAAAAGGAUGGGGCUUGAAAUCUGGUGGAUUUGCUACUCUCUGUUACACCUGCGGAUCUGCGUUUGAAAAGAUAGCUUAUUGUGAGACAUUCCACCUGAAUGAAUCUGGUUGGAGGGAAUGCAGAAUGUGUAGAAAGCCUAUUCACUGUGGGUGCAUUGCAUCACAAUAUCUGUUUGAAUACAUGGACUUUGGAGGCAUAGGAUGUUUAAGCUGUACAAGGUGUUUGGGAGGUCACACUUUAAUGCCAAUACAGAUACCUAAUGAGGAUGCUCCUAGUGGCAUCUUGGGUGUGACAAACAGUGCAGAUACACAGCAUAUUCUUUUUGAAAAUAAAAUGGAUCAAAAUAUUUUUGAUAAGAGAAGGCUUCUGCAAUUUGGAAAUGGUGCAGAUGCAAGUGAACCUGUUCACCUUUUUCAAUUUCAAAACCAUGACAAAAUAAGACAAGAGGAGUCAAUCAUUCCUGCCAUGGAAGUCAGGUUGUGCAUCCCAAAUCAUAACCAGCAAUCUCCCAAAUCUUCUUUUGUUGAAAAUCCAGAAAAUUGCAUAUCAAAUAGGACUGUAAAAGAAACUGCCAAAUGUUUUAACCAGCCAUCUCUAAAUUUCUUCAUGAGCACUCCCAUGGGCACUUCGAGCUCGACACUACCUGUUUCUUCUGGGGUUUCUCCAUUUCAACUAGAGCAGAAACCACACCAUAUCUUGGCCAAGCCACCCAAAGCUAGUUCAAAUUCCGGGUUUGAAUCAAAAAGUGGAAUAUCUACCCCAAGGCGUUCUACAAGGCCACUGACUGAAGGGCGUGGCAGUAGGAAUCAGAUGUUGCCACGAUAUUGGCCUAGAAUCACAGACCAAGAGCUGCAGAGGUUAUCUGGAGACUUGAAAUCCACUAUAGUGCCAUUGUUCGAAAAGGUUCUGAGUGCCAGUGAUGCUGGCCGGAUUGGUCGUCUGGUCAUCCCAAAAGCAUGUGCUGAAGCGUAUUUUCCUUAUAUUGAGCAAUCUGAAGGAAUGCCGAUUACGAUGCAAGACGUUAAAGGUAAAGAAUGGACAUUUCAAUUCAGGUUUUGGCCCAAUAACAACAGCAGAAUGUAUGUUCUUGAGGGUGUUACGCCGUGUAUACAGAAUAUGCAAUUAGAAGCUGGUGAUACAGUUACUUUCAGUCGAAUAGAUCCUGGCGGGAAACUAUUUAUGGGUUUCCGGAAGGCAGUGAUUAUUAAUGCUGUAGCACCCGUUGGGCUUCAAACUUCUUUAUUGGAUUCUAAAAAUCCAGCCAUUUCCAAUAGCACCUGUUCUACUGAAACUCCACUCUCUGGUGCCACUGACAACCAAGCUAUGCCAAAACAUGAGAAGGAUGGAGGCAAUGAAACUGACAAUUUCUUGCAAAGGAAUGGGAUUGUUCCAGAGAAGAAGAAGAUCCGGAACAUAGGCUGCAAAAACAAGAGGCUCCUGAUUCACACAGAAGAUGCUAUGGAGCUGAAGAUCACUUGGGAAGAAGCGCAAGAUUUGCUCUGCCCACCUCCAAAUGUGAAUCCAACCAUAAUCAUGAUCGAGGACUGUGAAUUUGAAGAAUAUGAUGAGCCACCAGUUUUUGGAAAGAGGACAGUGUUCACUACUCCAUCAUCUGGGGAGCAGGGACAAUGGGCGCAAUGUGACAAUUGCUCCAAAUGGCGUAGGCUGCCUGUGCACGAUCUCCUACCCUCAAAUUGGACAUGUUCAGAUAAUAUUUGGGACUCAAACAGAUGUUCGUGUUCUUCCUCAAGUGAGAUGAACCAAAAAGAACUUGAUCCAUUCCUUAGAGAUAGCAACAAGGAAACCAAGAGGCAAAGCAACGGUUGUGGUGAGCCAUCAGGCCUAGAUGCCUUGGCCAGUAUCGCAUCUUUAAGAGACAGCAGCAGCAACGGCAACAACUUGGGUGGGACAGAGGAACCACCUUGUACCACGAAACAUCCUCGGCACCGCCCCGGCUGCACCUGCAUUGUGUGCAUUCAGCCUCCGAGUGGGAAGGGCAAACAUGACCCCUCGUGCAAGUGUAACGUGUGCUUGACCGUGAGACGCAGGUUCAAAACUCUCAUGCAGCGUAAGAAGAAGAAACCAACAGAACGUGGGGCAGAGACUGCGCAGGUGAAGGAUGGGACUCUUGGUCGUGUUUCUGUUGACGAACCGUGUUUGGUAGGACAGAUGAACUGUCCAGAGAACGGUGAUGCUCCGUAUCCAAACUGGGAUCGCAGUACUACAAGCAAGGGACAGUUGGACUUGAACUGCCACCCUAAUGAGAAUAAGGCAGGCAGUUGAAGGGUAACCAACCCACAAACACACUCUUUCUGUCCUUUUUUUUUGUACAAAACCCUUAGGAGUUGAUCUUAAGAUUACCCUACAUUCCGGCCACCAUAUAUUCUUUGGUGCUGUUGGGUUUCUGAGUCUUAUAUAUAUCUAAAAGUUCAUAAAAGUGUACAUUCUUU